AUGUCUCAAUCCGGAGCGACCGUCUCGCAGGAGUGCAUAACGGCCUACAACGACCUUAAGCUCUCCAAGAAGUACAAGUACAUCAUCUACAAGCUGUCGGAUGACAACAAGGAGAUCGUCGUCGAGGAGGCUUCGGCCGAUAAGGACUGGGAGAACUUCCGUGAGAAGCUGAUUAACGCUACCUCCAAGACCAAGAGCGGUGCUGUUGGCAAGGGCCCCCGUUACGCCGUCUACGACUUCGAGUACAGCCUUGCCUCUGGCGAGGGUGAGCGCAACAAGAUCACCUUCCUUGCCUGGUCCCCCGAUGAUGCCGGUGUCAUGGCCAAGAUGAUCUACGCCUCUUCCAAGGAGGCCCUCAAGCGCUCCCUGACCGGCAUUGCGACCGAGCUCCAGGCCAACGAUGCCGAUGACAUCGAGUACGACUCCAUCCUCAAGACCGUCAGCAAGGGCAUGGCUGGUUAA